AUGAUCUCUACCCUAUCUAGAACCCUAGGUGGCCAAUCCUACCUAGGGCCUGCAGUAGCUCAAUUCCAUGCAGAUCUACCAGAAUCAGAAAAGGUGGCAGAACUAGCUCGCUUCCAGGGCGGUGAAGCUCGGGUUCUUCUAGCCACCUCUGCAAUUGGUGCAGGGUUUGAUUUUAAAGAGGUGGAUGCAGUAAUUCAUCUAGAAAGUGCCUAUGGUUUAACUGAUUUUAUGCAAGAAUCUGGCAGAACUGGGCGGGAUCCUAGGCGGUCAGGAUGGUCAUUUUGCUUAAUUAAGUCAUCUGAACGAGCUACUAGGCCUAGUGAUUCCACUGACCGCCUAGAAUUCAGGAAAUAUCUGAAUGAGCAAAUCUGCCGUCGGCGGCUAAUUGCAUUGAAUUUUGGUGAGAUCCCUAGGUCAUGUGACCUGAGCUGGAAGCUAUAUGAUCUAUGCCUACAACAGAAAGCUCAGCAGGAUCUAAUUCGGCAGGCGGUCAAGCAGUCAUACCAGGAAGCUACUGCAGAAAUUGAAUUUCUAGCUAGGGCUACUGAAUUCUUUACUGAUUCAGUGGUUUAA